CGCGCGGCCCAGGAGCGCCAGGCGCUGACGGCAGGAGACGUCCCCUUCGGGCUCGCUCGCCCGCCGGCCCACGCUCCAAGGGAAGCCGGUCCCGGAGCCACCCUUCGCCUCGGCCGCGGCGACCGCCUCUGUCGUCAUCGGUGGACGCCCCCGGCGCCCCUUUCGGCGCCUGCGCGAUCCCGGAGGCUUCUGGGUAGCGGCUCAGCCCCGCCCCCGGCGCCGGGCCUUCCUUUUCCUUCUCCACGCCGCCGAGGUCGCACGCGUGCGCCUGUCCCCUGCCGCCGCCGAGAUGCGCUACGUCGCUUCCUAUCUGCUGGCUGCCCUCGGGGGCAACUCCUCCCCCAGUGCCAAGGACAUCAAGAAGAUCCUGGACAGCGUGGGCAUCGAGGCGGACGAUGAGCGGCUCAACAAGGUCAUCAGUGAGCUGAACGGAAAAAACAUUGAAGACGUUAUUGCCCAGGGUAUUGGCAAGCUUGCCAGUGUGCCCGCUGGUGGGGCUGUGGCCGUCUCUGCUGCCCCUGGCUCUGCAGCUCCUGCUGCUGGUUCCGCUCCCCCUGCAGUAGAGGAGAAGAAAGCUGAGAAGAAGGAGGAGUCCGAAGAGUCUGACGACGAUAUGGGAUUUGGCCUAUUUGAUUAAACUCCUGCUUCCCUUCAAAUAAAGUCUUUUUAUGUGUUUCUUGAA